AUGGCACCCGGCUAUCACUUCGACCCAUACAGCAGGAUACAUUGGUACUCCUACGACAAUGUGGCGUAUUACUCCAGCGACCGUAGAACCUGGUAUCGCUACGAUACUUUCGGAGGAGCAGGUUACUCCAAAGCAAACGAAGUGCCCAACUACCCGUACUGGAAUCUCGGUGUUGCGAGGGCGGAGAUCCGGCUCAUCGUUCUGACCCCUCACGAGGAUCCGUCCAGUCCCGUUGAAUGCCACCUUGAGCAGGUGUCUCUGGGCGUAGCUGAAAAAUAUGUGGCCCUGUCGUAUUGUUGGGGCGACCAAAAUGAUGGUAUGUUGGAAAUAACGGUCUCGGGGACGCGUCGUCUGGUGACGAAAACUCUCGCGCAUGCCCUCCAGGAGCUGCGCCGAAGAAAACAUUACCGAGUGUGGGCGGAUCAAAUCUGUAUCAACCAAUACAACUUCGAAGAGCGGGCCCAGCAGGUAGAGCGCAUGGGCGACAUCUACAGAUAUGCUUCCGUCACGAUGGCAUGGCUUGGGCAUUUCAGAUCAUCCGACACCGCGCUUUUCGGAAAGGCAUGCGCACUCAUCGAGGCGUUAAUCGCCGCCUCGGCGAGCCAAGACGAUGUCCCCAAGACCCAAAACAAGGACACUGCCGCCAGCCCAGUGUCGGGAUCUUCAUAUCCACUCAAAAGCCUGAUGCAUUGGACAGGGCUCACGAGUAUGUUCCAGCGAGACUACUGGAGUCGUGCAUGGAUCAUACAGGAAGUCGCCGUGUCUAUGCAGGUUGAGUUCUUCUGGAACGGCCAGUCCGUCUCGAUGUCGGAUCUGCAAAAGGCAGUUGCUGGAUGCAAGGCCUUGGCCUCCACAAGCAGCGAAGCAAGUGCAUUGACCUCACUUACCGUAUUCGAGCACGUCGAGCGACUUAUCCGAUUCCGCAACUUUCGAGAGUCGCCAAUCCGCCUCGUCGAAGCACUCAUCCUUUCCCGGCGGGCAAAGUCUACCGAUCCCAAGGACAAACUGUACGCCUUGAAGCACCUGGCCAUAGACGGGCCAGACAGCGUGCCGUUCCCCGAUUACGAGGCGUCUCUGGACGACCUGAAUCGCAAGACUGCCAACCUGCUCCUCCACUUUUACAAGAAUGCCGACAUCAUCAUGCUCCCCUGCCACUUCUGGGAAACCUGGGUUCCUCAGUGGAACGAUCCCGCAACUUGGGGCGAGGAACGGAUCAACAAUUACUUGUUGGGACGGAGCAAUUUCGUGGCAGAGCGAACUGAUCGCGAGUCUGGAUCGAGCAAAAUCGUCCACAAAUGGAGAGCCACCCAGGGAUCCGAGGCUUAUUGGAGCACAGCACCUGGCCGGAAACGGCUCCAAGUGCGAUACAAGAGACUGGGCCGUGUGGAACAGUGCUCCGCAACUAACAACGAAGCCAGCACCGCCGAGGUCGGUGAGCUGGGCGACGUGAGAAAGUAUGGCCCUCUCAAGGUUGAACGCCUCAUAUCGCGUUGCUGGCUGUUGUACGAUCUCAUCCCAAAGAACAAGUUACCCAAGCCCAAAAACAUCAAGAUCGGAGACAUUCACCAUCUUUUGACCGAGUCUGUGCGAGAGUCUGUUCAGAAAGGAGCACCGGAGUUUUAUAAGUGGCUCUUUUGUAAACAGAAUCUGGAGUUCAAGAUUGGCGGCAUUCCCCUCGCAAAUUGGCUGAGCGCUGCCUCCGACAAACCCCGCCCCGACACCGUGAAGAAGGCGAUGCGAUGCUACUCCUCCGUCCGAAUGGGGAUGCGGCUGUUCAUGACGGACCAGGACCACCUUGGAUGGGCGAUCAGCUCUUGUCAACCUGGAGACGAGCUGUUUCUGAUACAAGGUUGCAGCGUUCCUUUGGUACUAAGAAAGAAAGAGAAUGGAAAACUGUAUGAACUCAUCGGAGAUAGCAUUGUUCACGGUUUGAUGGAUGGGCAAGGUAUCACCGAUGCCUCAUUGGAAGACUGGCCUCUUUUGACCUUGUCAUGA